GUACAAACAUUUUUAAAAAUGCUCAUUAGCUUUUAAGCGUUUAAAAUAAUCAGGCUAUAAUUAUUCCCCUUCCUAUCUUGAACAUUUGUCAAAUUUAGAAAUGUGUGUGAGUCAGAUAAGAAGAAUAAUGUUUUAUUUUUAUGCCAGUGGCCCUUGGGAAAAUAUCAGACUCUCAGUCCCCAGUUGUAGACGGCUUAUCAGUCAAAGGGAAGGUUCCCAGGUAAUAAAAGUCUAACAACCUGUCUUGUGCUACUGAUAUCUAGAAGGCCAUCCCCACUGUGUGGGCCAUGAGGCCUGUUAACCAUGGAAUAAUUGAUGCCUCAUCUAUUGUCGAAGACGCCGCACCCACUGGCCUCUGAGUGUGGGAAACUUAAUCCUGCCUGGGACUCAUGCCUUUAUAAUGCUAAUGCACUCCUAUAAAUAGGGCAGAGAGGGAUCCUCACUCCAGACCACAUCUAACUUGCUCUCCUCAGAGAAGCACAAGCUCUCCUUCUGAAACGAUGGCUCCUGCGUACAUGAAUUCUGCUGACUACUCAAAGCUUUCCAACAAGGAAAAACAUAAACUACGAAAACCAGCGGUGGAAAAAAUGCGCCGUGAUCGUAUCAACAACUGCAUUGAGCAGCUUAAGGUGAUGCUGGAGAAAGAAUUCCACCAGCAAGACCCCAACACCAAGCUGGAGAAAGCUGACAUUCUGGAGAUGACUGUCAUCUUCCUGAAGCAGCAGCUGCAAAGCCAGAUCUCAGCGCCUCAGAAAGCUCACUGUGGCGGCUACUCUCAGUGCUGGAAGGAGACCGUGAACUUCCUGUCUGCCAACUCCAAACUGGACGUGACGCUUCAGCAUCUCAACCGCUGUCAGGAAGCCCAGAGAACACAGAAAGAUUUCCCAGUGUCUCCACGUUCCUCCCAGACCCACCAGGCUCCUGUCAAGCAGGACAUCAAUGUAAACAGAGCUGUGUGGAGGCCUUGGUAGGGACACUGAGCACAGAGACUCUCUCAUGUUAACCAGAUGGUAGUUUCACCAUUUCUUAUGAUGUAGGAGAUUUGUAUUUCCACCUAUUUACAAUAUGGAUUUUGAAAGAAACAUUCUUCUCUUUGAGAAGCAGUUAAUGGACAGAUUCUUCAUAUUGAAGAUAUGCUGACUUUAUAAGUUUGCUUUGUCAAGUAAUUUUUUACAGAAUGUAUGCAUGUCUUCACUAGUUCUGCUUAGAAUAAGCAUUUUAAUGACUUGUUGGAUUAUGUUGUUGUAAUCCUUGAUUUUGCCUUUGGAAAACACAGUUGAGAAAUUGUACGUUUUUUCAUCUUGGUUCUAUAAUGCACCGAAAUGAAUAGUUGACACUGUGUGUCUGGUGUUGUUGCUUAAUAAAGACAAUUGAAUUAUUAAAUAAACUUAUGACUUUCUUCUCAAAUUCUUUAAUAAUCCUGCUACACUGUUACAACAUGUACACUUCAGAUCUUA